GCAGGGGUAGAAGGGAGGGCACAGCAAACUCCCCAACGAUGUUAUGGGGAUAGAUCGGGUGCGAAGGAAGAGGCGGAGGAGCAACACUGGAAGAUACCGACGCCCUGACACCGGUACAGAGGGGGGGAAAACUCGCCUCCAAAUAACCCUUUAAUAAGAAAAAGAGAAAGCGUUUCUUUGCAGGACAUCUGCAAAGGGAGCCUGAUCUCAAAGUGCCCAAAGAGCAGCCGGAUGAGGCGCUGGCCACGAUGAGCCGCCUCUGUCCGUGCUAAUGUCACGCUCCUGCGUGUAGGGCGACCCCCGCGACCCAAAUUCAGUCGAACCCUCCCCAAGCCCGCUGGCGGCUGCUUUUACCGCUUCAUUUUGGGGAGCAGAAAGUGGCAGCGAAAGGGACGCGGAUCUUAUAAGAAUCAUUUCAGCAGCCCGUGGUGGCGUGCGUCUGCCUGUCUCUCUGCUCCACAGCACCCCAGUGUCCUGCUCCUCCUGACCCCCGCCCUCCCUACGAUCCCUCUCGGAGCGCCAAAGGGACGAAGGCGCAGCUCGGGGGUGGUAGCAGCUGAGAGCCGCAACAAAGGCUGCGUGGCCCCCUGGUUGCUUUCCCGCCGGCAGCGGGGCGAGUCGACCCGUGGGGAGGAGGACGAGCAAAGGGGGCAGCUGCCUCUCCAGAGACCCCGCCGCGUCCCCUGACAAGACCCGCGGUCCAGGACAGAAGCCGGCGCUUUGCUCCCCACCUGACCCGUGAACUUCACCUACUCCGCGGAGGAGCAAGCGCGGAGGAGACCCUACAAGCGGCCGCGCUUCUUUAUUGAUCGGGAGGCUGCGCUUGACACGCAGGGAAACGAGGAGCUUGGGAAGGGCCGGGCGGCUCCGGCAAGGCAAGCCCGCCGAGACGCGCGCUGGGGGUGGGGGCCUGGAAAUCCAGGAAUGAGAAGCCCGCAGUCAGGACUGUGCACCAUGUGGGCUGCAGACCUGUAGCGACACUGAUGUCUCCUUGUGCGUAUCUCUUCCUUCUCACCUCGCUGGAGAACAUGCAUUUCCUAGGCGGAGUCGCGCCGCAUAAAAGCAUUACGCUGCUCGUGUUGCUGGAGUACAUUCUAUGGGGGCAGCCUGGCGCAGAUUCAGCAAGGCUCCGAGCUUUCCGUUGUGAUGGACUCUCCUGCAAUCCUUCUGUGGGGAAUCUAGCAACAGGCAGGACACCAGUCACACUUACCACCUGUGGGCAGAACAGCACUGAACUAUACUGUUUUUACCCAGACCACAGCUUCCUCCAUCAUGCGCCACAUGGAUGUGGGCAGCCCACGUGCACGAAGUGUAAUGCCAACCAGCCGGAUAAUUCUCACCACCCUCAUGAUAUGACUGACGACUUCUUUCUGAACCCUGCUUCCUGGUGGCAGUCUGCACAAGGGGUACACAGGGAAGAAAUCAGGCUGGACUUUGAAACUGAGUUCUACCUGACCCACGUCAUAGUGGUGUUCAAGUCACCUCGCCCAGCAGCUAUGGUGCUGGAGAGAUCCCAAGACUUUGGGAAAACAUGGAGGCCUUACAAAUAUUUUUCUGUCAACUGUACAUCCACUUUUGGGCUCCCUGACGAUACCAUUGAGGAAGCGUCUAUGUGUACAUCUAGGUACUCAGGUGUGGUACCUUGCACUAGAGGAGAGGUGAUCUUUCGUGCCUUAACUCCCGCUAACAAGAUUGAAGACCCAUACAGUCCAGAAGCACAAGACCUUUUGAAACUUACCAACUUGCGACUCCUCUUAUUAAAGAGACAGGAGUGUCCUUGCCAAGGUUCAGGACUGCUGGAGAAACCGCAUAGAUUUGCCCACUACGCCAUCUAUGAUCUAAUUAUCCGGGGCAGCUGCUUUUGUAAUGGCCAUGCAGAAGAAUGCCAACAUGCCAAUGGGACCAGGGCCGUAGAUAAUGUGGUCCAUGGGAAGUGUGUAUGCAGACACAACACUGCGGGAGACCAUUGUGAGAGGUGUGCGCCAUUGUACAAUGACCAGCCAUGGGAAUCAGGAGAUGGAAAAACGGGGGCACCAAAUGAAUGCAGAAAGUGCCGAUGUCAUAAUCAUGCAGACAGCUGCCAUUUUGACCAGAGCAUCUGGCUGGCAUCAGGAAAACAGAGUGGAGGUGUCUGUGACGAUUGCAAGCACAACACAGAGGGCUACCGGUGUCAGAGGUGCAAGCCUGGUUAUUACAGAGAUAGAGGAAAACCCAUGUCUUCCCCAGAGGUUUGCAAACCUUGCGCCUGUCAACCAGUGGGCUCUGUGAACACAACCUUCAAUCAGAGCUGGAGAUGCCAUCCAAAGACAGGCUUCUGCUUCUGCAAGCCAGGAGUUGCAGGGCCAAAAUGUGACAGGUGUCUCAUGGGAUACUGGGGCUUUGGAAAAAAUGGCUGCCAACCUUGUGACUGUGCCAGGGAUUGUGACAAGGACACUGGGGAGUGUCUUGAUAGUUAUGACAGUCAGCGUUUUUUUGAUAUUCCCAUUGGUGGGAGAAUCCCUGACCUCAUCCAAACCCAAGUCAAUGAAAGUGAAGAUGAAUGGCAGUGGAAUGAUCACGAGCAGGGAUUUUCUGCAUUGAGACAUCCAGAAAAGUGUGUAUGCAAAGAAAGAAUUCUAGGAAGCGUCACCAGUUUCUGCCAGAUGAAGUAUGCAUAUGUUAUCAAAGCAAAGAUCCUCUCAGCUCAUGACAAAGGAACUCAUGCCGAAGUCAUAGUAAAAGUGAAGAAGGUUCUCAAGUCAGGCAAAGUAAAAAUCACUAGGACUAACAGGAGCAUCUAUCCAGAGUCUUGGACCAACAGGGGAUGUACAUGCCCUAUUCUUAAUCCUGGCGUAGACUACCUGAUAGCCGGACAGGAAGACACAAGGACAAACAAACUCCUAGUGAACAUGAACAGCCUGGUGAAGCCCUGGAAAGCUCAUUGGGGGAAGCUGGUGGCAGAUAUGCUUCGAACUGGAUGCAAAUAGUCUCUCCUUUCCAAAUGAAAGUCAUGAACUUCACGUUAGUAAUAAUAUUGCAGUGAACAGCCUAGUUAGUUCUCUUUUUGUCAUUCAGUACAUUCCUAGCUAAGUCGACUUGCAAAGCAGACUCACCGAGCCCUUUCCCAGUACAAAGGUUUGUCAGGAGUCCACCCAGGACUUCUUCCUUCCAUGAAUCAAAGGACAACUCCUCCCCUCCCUUAAUAUUUGUAUUACAUUGGAUUGCUGCAUUGGGCGUUCAUGUCUGUGGGGUCAUUUACCGAUGUGGUUGAAAAGGAGCAGUGACUUUGUUGAGCCGGGAGCCCACAGUGGACUAAAUAAUUGGUCUAUCCCAAAACUGGUACUUAAUUUGCAAUCCUUUUCUAUUUUGUACUCACUAAGAAAUCUGAGGGGAGGGAAGGCGGCGUGGUCUACUCUAGCCCAAUCUCACCAGACCUCAGAAGCUGAGCAGCAUCAGCUGUUACAAGGGAGACCUGCAGAGGAAGGCAAUGGCAAACCACCUCUGCUUCUCACUUCCCUCGAAAGCCCCUCGCUGUCACUGCCCCAAGUCAGCUGCGACUUGGCAGCAUUUUGCACACACAAGCAAUCCAUGUCAGAAUAAGUGUUUGGGUUCCAGUAUGUUCGUGCCUUCUGUUUGUGCUGGAGUUCUGAUGAGAAACGGUGUGUGUUUUUUCAAGAGAAGCAUGUUAAAGGGAAACCAGGAGGAGAUUCGGGAUGUGUGCUUCCAUGGAUGCGACAGGGUUGGGGCAUGAACAGAAACUGCUUCUGCACUAAGGGAUCUCCAUGGACUUCUCCUUUCCUCUUUCACUAGUUUGCAUGGAAAGGAGCUGGCUAGGGUCCUGGAGAUUCUCUCAAAGCUCAUUCCUCUGCACUGCUACAUCUUAUUUUAAGGCUAAGCCCACCUACCAUCACCAAGGGCCUCCUCUGGGCUUGCUGUCACUUCAGCAUCCAAUACAUCGGACAGGUUUCUGCACAACUGCUGCUGAAAAGAAUUGUUCUGUGCUGCUCAGUUUUACUUUGUCAAGUCAGAACACAGCAGCAACCGAUCAUUCUGUGCACAUAGCGAAAGAGACUGCUUAUGUAUUCUAAGCACUGCAAAAGAAGGUGCAAUGUGUCAGUGGGAUGUACUGAACUGUUGACGGAAGGGAAACGUUUGCUACCUUUAGAGAUAGCCACAAGGUCAGCAUGACCUACCCUUUCCAAGAUCGUGUCUGAUUCAGUUGUUAUCUUUAUCAAAUCUUGUUUUCACAGCCUUUUCCUGUACAAACAUUCAUCACCACUUCUGGGGUUGUAGUCAUUUGCUGCAGCGACUUGUAAUGAAUAUUACUGUUGUCCAGGGUCCUGAAGAUCCCAAUAGUAUUCACCUUGCAGAAGCACAAACACCUUGUCCUGUUGCUUUUUCCUACUUCAGCAGUAUUAACAAAUGAGCAGGCAUACCACACCCAUAUAGCUGCCCCGUGUACUGAGAAGCCAGAGAGUAGCACUUAUUUCCUGACCAAAUUGGGCAUACUCAAUAGAGGGGGGGGGGGGGUGGCAAUGGAACAGAAGUGAAUCAGAAAAUUUUACACUGUGAGAGGCUCUCAGCAAAAACAGAUUUGCAGGACAAGCAGCUAAGCGAAUCACUAGCAGACCGCAACUGAACCAGAUUUGGGAAUUGAUUCCUCGACUUUAAUUACGGAGCAACUCCUAUAAAAGAAACAGUUAUCAUGUGAAGAUUUCCUAAUGUACCACUGGCCAUUGAAGUUGGACACAAGGUUGGUUAUUAUCUGGACUGACUAGUUAAAUAGUGAAACUGCUUUUGAAAUUGUUUUGGAAUGUAUUGGAAUCACAGCUCAGUUUCAAUAGUGAAUGUAACCAUGUUGUAAUGUAACCAAAACCACUUCAGUUUUGGAGUUUGUCUAUAGAAUUUGAUUAGAAUAACACUGGAACAAUUUUCUAGGUUAACUGUUUCUGUAUGAUUUUUCUUGGACUUGUCCUGUAAAUCUGUUUAAGUUACACAGCUUUGCUGUGAGCCUCUCACAGUGUAAAAAAUUCUGAUUCACUUAUCAGGCAUACAGCAAAAUGAUACUGAUGAAGAUGGAAAGGGAGAAGAUCUCAUAGUUCCUCAGCAGUUAUCUGUACUUUUUCAAUAGUCUACAGCUGUGGCUAAAAAUGUUUCUGUGGUCUUUGAUGAAGGAAGCUUUCAGCAACAUGAACAAGACAUGGCCAUUUACUAGAAGAGACUUAGGAGCACCAUCCUGGUCAGGGCUUCUUGUGGUUUCUUCUCCCAUGCUCUCUCUCCCCACCCCCCCUCCCAAUCUCCCCUGCAAAACCAUCCACCAUUUCCCUAAAAAAAAUCAAAGUAAUGCAUAUAGAUUUAGUAUAUAUGUAAUGCCGCCUUGCUAAAAAUCCCACAAAAUGGACUUUAAAAAUGGUUUAAAAACUGGUUUGUGUAGGAGAAAGUGCAUGUAACAUCCCAUCUACUCCAGCCCAUCAAGCAUUUUCCCUAGCCCAUCCACCACCCCUAUAAUCCAGAUCAGCUGUGAAUGCAUUUUUACAAUGGCUUGAGUGCUACCCUUCAGGUGCACCCUAAGAAACCAUGCCCGGCAAUGUUAUUUGAAUGGUAUCAUGAAGCAGCACAAAGCUUUAGUCUUGCUUGAAUGAUGAUGGAGGCCUAUCCCUCAAGGAAUGACAAAGACUGGUAUUCCAGAGCUUAGACAAAGACACAUGAUUGACAUUAACUCAACAGACUGUAUGUGGAAGUCUCCCAUUCUUAGGUGACACAUCAUUUGUCCUAGAACCUAUGAAGAUUGCUUUGAAUUCUUUCCGUUGUUGCAAAACAAAUGGACUUAACAUGGAAAAGAAGAAGGGGGGAAGCUCUGGCUUAAGAGAACAAGGUGUGUGAUAUUAAAAACUGGGCUGCCUCAAUUAGGCCUAGCUGUUUGGCACACUAUUGGCCUUCCCUUUUAUUUAGGAUUUGAUACCCACUUCAGAUAAUUUACAAGUAGAUGACAUCAUUUCCAGCUGCUCAAAAGUUCCCAUUAAAAUGUUAGUCAAAUGGGAUGUGCUGCCUGUUGUAAACUCUACAUGCGUAUUAUAUUGGCUCCGUGUAAUACAACUUACUCAUGUUUUGUUCUGACCAGGAAUGUUCAGUCCCAUAAAAAGCUAGAUUAGCAAAAUCUUGCUGAAGGCAAGGCUGUCCAUUCAGAUAAAGGCGUUAUUAGAAGUUCCACUUUUAUGGCUUCAAGUAAUUGAUACUGUUUUGAUUCUGCAAUUAAAGAAAAUAUGACACAUUCUAUAUAAGCAAGAACACUUGUGCUCCAGAGGGAAAGAAAUGAGAAGAAGGAUGGGAACUGUCCACUUUUGUAAAUUGCUCAAAAAUGAUAAAACACUCCCAAGCCAUUGUCUUUUGUACUCUUAUUUCAUUAUUUUAAAAGUAAACGAAGAUGUUGAUA